UUUGCUAACCCGGCAUUUUAAUUCAAAUGAGAGUAAAUACUUUUUAAAUAGAACUUAAAAAUGCCAACGGAUUGUUAUAGAGUAGAUGUGAUCCAUUAUUUAAAUCCGUCUUUAAUAUGGGUGGAAGUAUGUGAUUCCCCUGUGAGUGUAGAUGAAUUUGUUUUUGAACAAAUCGGCAUUUACGGUAUUGUACCCCAUGAAACUACUAUUGAUAUAGAACUUGAAAGUAUUGUCUCAGCUCAAUGUACUGAUUGGGUUUCUGCGGCGAAUACAAUUUUAAAAAAUCUUUUGUGUAAGUCCGAAGAAGUAUGGUUUCUACCAACGUACAUAGAUAGAAGAUCUUCCAUAUUUGAUGACAACAUACACAAGUAUGGAGAAUUAAUACUCAAAUAUAGUGAUGGAAAACUGAAGAAGGUUUCAAAAUAUUUAGUUAAAUCUGGUUUUGCUGAAAUGAAUGUUUCGAAAUUUCACAGUCAACUCAACAAUGGUGAAUUAAACACUAAACUGGAGUUCAUUCAAACACAAGAAGUUAUAAAACAAUUAGAGAAGCAUUACACAAAGUCAUCUAAAAAGAAAGAGUGGGAGAAAUUUGUGAGAAAACAGACAUCGGUAUUCCAAAUGAAACAGAAAUUUGAAUCCGAGUUAACAGUAUCAAAUCUAGAAAAACAUAAUAAUAUAAUGAUAAAGAGGGUCAUAGAAAAUAAGAGUAACGAUUUUGAACUUUGUAAAGAUGUAAAUGAGACACCAUUAGGACGAGGCUUCCAUAAAGCUGAUUCUAUUAAGAGUGAGUUAAAAUCAAAAUUAUUAAAAAAGAAGACGUCAUAUCACGAUAAAACAUCAUUCGAUGAUAUUAAACGUUUCCUCGACAAAAAUUCAAGAUCGAAGGAUGAGGAUACUGAAUCAAGUGAGCCAGAUCACAAUCAGAAUGGUUUGAGAUUUUUAAGUGGAAGGCUGGGAAAGACGCAUAAUACAGAACAAAAAAUUCUGGCACACGACAGAGCCAAGAUACAAAUGGCUGCGAAAUCUUGUGACGAUUCAUAUCAAAAUGAUGACCAUGGAAAAUCGAUACAAAAAAGAUUUGCAAAAAUCAAAGGAGAUAAAAAAAAAUCAGAAAAACUUGUAGCAUUUGGACCUCCAGAUCUGGAUCCUUUUAAGAUGAAGGUUGAGAAAUUACCUGCUAUUGAUCAUAUAGGUGCUGAUCAAGAACUUUUAAAAGAAGAUUGUAUAGACAAAGAAGAUUUUGAUAAAAUUGAUUCUGAAAUUGAUUCUCAUAUGUCCAAACAAAUUUGUGAUAAUUUGGUUCAUAUUGAUGCUAGAGCCAGUGACAGUGAUCAAACAGUACUGAGUUCAGUAUUACAACGUCGUUUGAAAGCUCGCGUCAGUGUUAGGAAUAAUGAAAGUAUAUCAAGUAUAUCAAGCUCAGAUACGAAUACAGAAUCGUCUAGUGCGGGCGAAAACAAGGAAUCCUUUGACGACGAUGAAGUUUUGGAAAUUAUCGAUAAAAGGUACACACAAUGCCCAUCACUAAAAGUCGAUAAUGUUAGUGAUUCCGUCGAUAUAAGUUUGAAAAAUAACGUAAAUCCAUUCAAGAAUGUCGAUUCCGGCUUAUCCGUGUUUGUCGAUAAAUUAGUGACACCCGUUUUAAUGGUUCAUUCGAAAAGCAAUAAGCGCAUCGAACCCGUCUUCCAGAUGAGAGACAUACAUUUUAAUGACCACAUACGACUCGUCCUAAGGAACAUGAACGUCGAGAAGCUUAUGAUGGUGCAGACAGUAUCUUGGAACGCGAUUUUGAGGGGUUUCAGUGUGUUCAUGGUCAAUCCCAUGGGUAGUGGCAAGACUAUGGGUUAUUUGCCUGCCGUUUGUCGGCUAGUUAGUGACGGUGGUGGCGAUAUAUCGACUAGUUCAGGCCCUAUGUGUAUUAUAGUCUGCGCUACGGCGAAAUCUGUGGUAGAGGUCGAGAGAUUGGCUAAAAUGUUCCUUGGCUUGGAUGAAAGAGUCGUGGCAUGCUAUGCGGGCGUCGAUGAUGCGUAUAUAACAACAGCUUUAUUGAAUGGAUGUGAUUUAUUCAUUAGUACCCCGCCGGCUCUAGCUCGAUUGUUAAGGGUAAACGAUUUUGGUAUCGAUUUGAGACGCCUCUCGAUGUACGUUCUAGACGAUUGUGAGCGAUUAACGCAAACCUACAACGAUGAACUGAAAUUCUUUCAAAUUAAAAUCAACUCGAUGCUGAAAUAUCGAGUUAAUAAAGAGUUAAAAGUGCAAUAUAUUAUUGCGUCACGCUGCUGGUGUGACUUCAUGGCACCGUUGGCAAAAAAAGCACCUGACACGAUAAUUUGUAUCGGAGCAUUCCAAGAAUGUGUGAUUUAUGCAAAGGCGAAUACAUCGGUCAGCUUUAUUAAUAGUGAAAAAAAAUUGGAGCAUGUCUUCGAAUUCUUGGAAACCAUAGACAGUUCAAAGAAAACUGUCAUAGUUUGUGCCGAUAACGAUGAAGUGGAAGUGUUGCAAACAGCUUUGAGAAAUACAGGACGCAUUGUUUUUGCUUGUGAUAACAAUAUGACCGUUCACGAUUUGUACAGUUUAAGCGAGUCGUGGGCAGAUUACCAAGAACCUGUUUCAGGACCUAUCCUUGUGUGUUGUGAUGGCAACUUGACCCAUAUGAAUAUAACAGACGCUCACCAUCUUAUACAUUACUCGAUGCCGCAAUAUUUUUCUACGUUUUGCAAGCGUUUCUCUGUUUUAAAUGACAACUACCCAUCGAUUUUCAAAGCGAUUAAUGAUAAUGUUAAAAUUAAAAUACUUUUAGAGGAGAGUAACGCGCAACAGCUGCCAAAAAUCGUUAAUUUUAUCAGACGGUGCACAGAUAACCUUCCAACGUUCUUAAAUGAUGUUUGUGCCACUAUUAAUACUAACAAAGAUUUGAUGAAAGCUCAAAAAUUGGUUCCACUUUGCGAUAACUUACUUCAACUGGGCGAUUGUCCAGAUUUCUAUAACUGCCACGAAAGGCAUACAAUAUUGAAAGAUGCAGAUACGCCUAAAGAGUGGGUGCCGAAAAACGGUGUAAUAACCUUCAAAAUAAUACAUUAUCAUACAGCAACCUUAUACUCAGCCAGACUUUUAACUGUGACUGUUAAUGGCACGACUUCUAAGUUUCCUCAAACAUACAGUACGCUUUCAUUAAAAAUGGGUAUGUAUUUUGCCAACGAAACUCACAGAAAAUUGCACGGCAUGCCAGAAAUUGGUGAUAUUUGUGCUGUAGCUAUGAAAGUUAACUUCUACGCGAGAUGUCAAGUACUUAAAAUAUUGUCUCGGUAUCAGAGAGGCAAUCCGAACAAGGUCCUGGUAAGGCUUGUUGACGAAGAAAAGCUUGAAAUAACGAGAGACAUAUAUCUUUACUAUUUGCCGGACGAUUUGAAAGAGAUAGAAACGAAAGUUGUUCAAGUAAGACUUGCUAAUUUAGAACCCAAAGACAGGGAUAUAACUUUCUCUGAUCUUGCUCGAGAUCACUUGAAGAAAUUAACUGAUGCUGAUGAUGAGUUGUUUAUGAGAGGUCAAGUGUCACUGGCGGUCGGAAAUUGUGUUUUUGUGACCACGCUAGAGGCUUGCCAAGAUUUGUCAUCUGUGAGCGAAAUGGUCGUGAAGUACAAUUUUAAGCAUGAACUUGUAAGGAAUCAUGCUCUUAUAAAUUCUGAACAUUUAAACAAAAUUGAAGCCCUUUGCAAAAAAAGCGGAUUGAAUGUUACGGAUAGUACAUUUGAUGAUAUAAAAGCUAAAGACCUUCCGUUGAAAAAUCCCCAAAAUGUUUCCUGGGCUCAUUUAGACAGCGAAGAAAUGAACUCUGUGUUUUUUGCUUCCGCCAUAAAUCCAGGAAACUUCUUUGUACGUUUGGAAAAAUUCGAAUCCUGCAUGAUUAGUCUGUUAGAAGAUAUAAAGGCUCACGUUGAAAAUAACACAGAAAAAAUCUGUGAUAUAAAAGAAGGUGAUAUAGUUUUGGCUGAGUUCCCCGACGAUUCUACAUACGAGAGAGCUAGAAUUGAUAACGUAAACGGAAACAGAGUAAAAUGCUUCUUCGUGGACCAAGGCGAUUGGAGGGAGAUCGAUAUAAAAAGCCUUGUUCAAAUACCAGAUAGAUUCUUAAAGAAAUUACCGUUCCAGGCUAUCGAAUGUCGAUUGGUCGGUGUAAAACCAUUAGGCGAAGAAUGGACCGACUUCAGUACGAACUGGUUUCAUGAUAAUUGCUUUGAAGGUAGCAGUGAAAAUUUGAAAUAUCUAUUUGUUAAGUAUUUCACGAAAGAACCAGCGAAAUACACUGGCGGUAACAAAUAUGGCGUGAUCUUAAUAGACACUAACACGGAACAAGACGUCAUUAUAAACGAACUAAUGAUUGAUCUAAAUCUCGCUCGACAACACGAAGAGGAAUUAAAGCAUUUUGACAAUAUUUACACAGAGUUAAAGAAAGAUACACAUAAGUUGCAGACUGAUAAAGAAGAGAAUUGUGAAAAUACAGCGAGUGAGACUAAGGUUGUGAGUAACUCUAUCAUCCCACAACCUAUACGUUCAGUACCUUUAAUAAAUUCGGAUGAAGAAUCCGAUGAUUCAGAUAAAUGGGAAGUUCACAUCAGCGCUGAUAACGCUGCGGCAUUGUUUGGGACGGUGGCAAAUAAAUGUGCGAUCACUAAUUCCGAUAGUGCAAAAACACCACAAACAUCUUACGAAAUGAUUUCUCCGUCUGAAAGAAGCAAAGCUAUUACACAGGAAUUAGACUCGGAUGACUUAACGUCACCGGAGUUAUCGGAAAUAUCGAAGACGCCAGUCAAACGGAACAUUGUUAAGGAAUUAGAUCAAAAACGACAUCCAAAGAUAAUGUGGCAUCAAAAUAAAAGCACAAUAUACGUUAAAAUACAUUUAGUUGUCGACAAUUACGAUUUACUCAUCGACGACAGAAAAUUAGAAUUCCUCGCUUUAACAAACGACAUGAAAUACGGAUUCGACUUAGAACUGUUUGGUGUUGUUAAAACUGAGAAUUCUACGCACGUCAACAAAGGACAGUAUGUGUUAGUUAAACUAGCGAAAGUUCUGAACAAGAGCUGGCCAACGCUCACUCGGAACGGCGACACGAAGUGGGUAGUUUACGACGUGGACUUCAUUGACACGUCGUCAGACGAAGAAGUUGUUGACAGAAGCUCGGUUAUGAAUAUUGUUAUAAGUUUAAACGACAACGCGGACACGGAUACUGACGACGAGCAAUUCUGUGAUGAUGCGAAUUUUACAUACAAAAAAUAGUAUCACAUUAUCUGCCAGUCUCUAGUCAAUGUUUGAAGUAGAGAUGAGGCAGACUGUUCCAAUAUAUUGCAAUAUGUAACUAAUGUAUUUAUAAAUACGGCAUAGAACAUGAACCGACAAUUAAAAGGUGAUUAUAUAUUUUGAGGGUGGCAAUGAUUUUAAUAAAAAAAAAUAAUCAAAAUCCAUGCCAAAGUCCCAGUAACAAA